CUGUUUUCUCAAGCCUCUGCGACGGUAACGGCGCAUCUUCCAUCUAGAGCCGGCGACGAAAGAGUUGCGACUUGCGAGACCGGUGUGCGGGUGCGGCAAUUGCAAGGAACGGAAGUAGCGAGACCUUCGAGGAUCGAGCGGCGGGCAGCAGCCGACAAUUCAACGGGACUGAGAGUGAUUUCGAGCGACGAGGAAGCUAGAUUUGCAACUUGCGACCGGUGUGCGGGUGCGGCAAUUUCAGUGGAGUUCGGGACCUUCGAGGAUCGAGCGGCGGGCAACAACCGGCAAGUCAGCGGGAGCGAGAGUGACUCCGAGGUAACGACGGCUGAACUUGAACGGCUUAUUCAUUAA